UGCACCAUCCUGAAAACCCUUUACAAAACCCCAGUUGGCCAGUUCUAAUUUGUUCCCCAAUUUUACUUCUCAAUAUCUCCGUCUGCAAUCCCUAAUUUUCGAUUUUCUUAGAUGGUCGUUCUUUCUUCACCAUUUUCACAAGGAAAAGAUGUCCACGUCCGUUUUUCUUCUGUUCUUUGCAGUCAUGCCGAUGCUAUUGGCUCAAACGACGCCGCAUUUAAGCUCCGGCCCUCACAUUGCGGACGUCAACAUUCUGUUACCUCCCAAAAUGACUCAUCCUGUUGAGUACAGACUUCAAGGCAGUGAUGGUUGCUUCAAAUGGUCAUGGGAUCACCAUGAUAUACUGUCGGUGGUGCCGGAGUAUAAUUCAAGCAGUUAUUGUUCGACGAGUGCUAGAUUGAAAUCCACGGCUCCUUAUAGUGGUAGAAAGGAAACUGCUGUUUAUGCCACUGAUGUCAAUACCGGAAUGGUGAUUCGUUGCAAGGUUUAUAUUGAUAUAAUGUCUAGGAUUCAGAUAUUCCAUAACUCUGUCAAACUUGACCUCGACGGGCUCGCCACUCUUCGCGUACGUGCCUUUGACAGUGAAGACAAUGUGUUUUCCUCAUUAGUGGGAUUGCAGUUCAAUUGGCAACUGACGCCAGAAACUGAUAAAUUUCCUCAUCACCUUGUCCAUGUUCCUCUUAAGGACUCUCCAUUGAGUGAUUGUGGUGGCUUGUGCGGUGACUUAGAUAUCCAGGUAAAGCUUGAAAAUAGUGGUGUAUUUUCAGACCUGUAUGUAGUGAAAGGGACUGAAAUUGGCCAUGAAAUCGUUUCUGUUCAUUUGAUGGAACCGUCAUUCGGGCACAUGGCGGAUAAGAUUGUUUUGACAGUAGCAGAAGCAAUGUCUCUCGAUCCUCCCUCGCCUGUUUUUGUUCUAAUUGGUGCUGUUGUCCGUUAUACUCUUAAGGUUAUUCGUGGCAAUAUUCCUCAAGUGGUAAGUUUACCAUCUCCAUUUCAUCGGUGGUAUGUUUUGAACUCUUCCGUUGCCCACGUGGAGAGAGAGAUGGGGGGAACUCGUGCUUUGAACUUAGGAGUAACAACAGUUACAGUUGAAGACACCAGGGUCGUUGGGCACAUACAGAUGUCAUCACUCCACGUUGUCAUCCCAGAUACUUUGGUGUUGUUUAUAUUACCUCUUUCUCCUUCUGGUGCUACUAUUGAGGGGAUAGAACCUAUUCCAUCUGCGUCACGCUGGUACAUUAUCUCUGGCAAACAAUAUCUCAUUCAUGUGAAGGUUUUUACACCAGGACCUGGGGCAAAAGAAAUUUAUAUAACAGAGAGUGAUGAUAUUAAGUUGCAUGCUGACCAGUAUGAGUUCUGGAAUAUUCUCCCAGUUUCUGAAGGUACUACUGCUGAAGGAGAUUAUAGAAUUUUGAGAGCAAAUUCAUAUGGAUUGGGAAGACUGAUGGCAACUUUGACUUAUACCAGUGGACAAGCCACAAGAAAAGAGGUUCUGAAGCUUGUUCAAGAAGUUAUGGUCUGUGAUCAAGUGAAAUUCAGUAUGGAGAAAAUAGGUGGCCCCUCCGAUGCAAUUCUCCUCCCCUGGGUCCCCGGUGUCUACCAGGAGUUAGAGCUUAAGGCAACUGGAGGUUGUGCAAUGUCUUCCAGUGACUAUAAAUGGAUUUCUUCGGAUAUGGUUGUUGUGUCUGUAUCUGCUUCUGGGAUGGUCGAGGCAAAAAAGCCUGGGAAAGCAACUAUCAAAGUAGUUUCUAUCUUCGAUUCAUUGAAUUAUGAUGAGAUGAUUAUUGAAGUUUCCAUCCCCUCUUCAAUGGUUAUGCUUCCUUACUUUCCUGUUGAGACACUUGUUGGAUCAUAUCUUCAAGCUUCUGUAACAUUACAAGGAUCAGGUGGCUCGUAUUUCUAUACCUGUGAUGCUUUCAGGUCCUUUGUAAGAUGGAAAACUGAAAGUGAGCAUUUCACAAUCAUUAAUACAACAGUGGAAUCAUUUGUUUAUAACAAGCAAGAUGCCGUUGAGAUCAAUUCCUCAUCAUAUGGCCCUCCAUGUGCAACAGCAGUAAUAUACGCUUCUAAUCCUGGUCGCACUUUGCUGCAUGCAACAUUGAGUCAAGAAUAUCAGCAGUUCGACCGUGCUAGUAGUGGGUCAAUCAUCUUAAAAGCGUCCUCUUGUAUUGCUGCAUAUUUACAACUCAUUGUGCAGCAGGCCAGUGAUGGAAACCAAUUUGGUGGUUACUCGAAUGAUUUAAGCCAGAUUGAAGCUCAGAAUCAGUUGGAAAAUUUGGACUCUCUAUAUCUCACCCCUGGCACUCACUUGGACGUGACGCUUCAAGGUGGACCGGAACGGUGGGAUCAAGGUGUUGAAUUCAUUGAAGUUGUGGAAGCUUUAGAUGAACAUAAUUCUUAUGUGACAAAUAGAGUUGUAAUCUGUCAACUGUUAACCGUCAAUAACAAUGCAUACAGAAUACAAUGCCAAAGUUUGGGAAGCUUUAAACUCAUAUUCAGACGUGGAAACAUGAUGGGGGAUGGCCACCAAUUGCCUGCUGUAGAGGAAGUGCAAUUGUUGCUUAUGUGUAGCUUUCCAUCUUCCAUUGUGCUAAUAGCUGAUGAAGCAGUGAAUUCGCCUCAAGUUAUACAGUCUGCAGUUCAGGCUGAACGCAAGCCUGAAGGAGUUCGUGCCAUGCCAAUUACUGUAGCAAACGGUCGCAGAAUACGAAUAUCAGCGGUUGGCAUUAGUUAUUCUGGAAAACCUUUUGCAAAUGCGUCUUCUCUCUGUUUGAGGUGGGAACUCGUUGAAUGUGAAGGAUUGGUGUCUAUAGAUGAUGCCUAUAGUUCAUCAGCAACCAAGUCCUCUUGGGAAAGGUUUUUUAUCUUGCGAAAUACAUCAGGACUCUGUGUCAUUCGCUCUACUGUUAUUGGGCUCAUUGAUUCUCUUGAUCACCAUGAUUUUGCUAAAAUGUUUGAAGGUUUUGCAAGUGCUCUUACAGAUGCCAUACAAUUGCAGCUUGUUUCUUCUCUUAGAGUCAAUCCAGAACUUGGCCUGCUGUUUUUCAGUCCUGAUGCCACGUUGAAUCUCUCAAUCACUGGAGGGAGUGGUUUCUUGGAGACUAGGGUGAAUGAUACUCAAAUUGUGGAAGUAAUACAACCCUCACCAGGUUUCCAGGGUUCACAACUGACACUGGCUCCCAAAAGCUUGGGGCCUGUUCUUUUGACUGUUCUUGAUAUUGGGAUUGCACCUCCAAUAGCUGCAUCUUCUGUGGUCCAAGUUGCUGAUGUGGACUGGAUCAAGAUUACAGUAGCAUCAGAGAUAAGCCUUGUUGAAGGAAGUUUGCAGUCUAUCGGUUUUUUGGCUGGGAUUAGUGAUGGACGUACUUUUGACUCUUCUCAGUACGUUUACAUGAAAGUUCGUGUUCAUAUUGACGAUCAUAUAGUUGACCUUGUGGACAGUAAUGGUUUCUCAAGACCUAUUGAUGGAUAUCUGAACGGCCAGAAUUUUACCAUACAGGCUACUCGUCUUGGGGUGACAACCAUAUAUCUUAGCACGGUCCAGCAUUCUGGGAAUGAAAUAUUGACUCAACCAGUUAAGGUGGAAGUCUAUGCUCCACCAAGAUUGCACCCUAGCAAUAUAUUCCUUGUACCAGGUGCAUCUUAUGUGCUUGCAGUAAAAGGAGGGCCAAAAAUUGGUUCAUACGUUGAGUAUGCCAGUAUGAAUGAUGAAACUGCAAAAGUUCACAAGUCUUCAGGACUAUUGUCUGCAAUAUCACUGGGAAACACUACAUUGGUUGCCACAAUAUUUUCUAAUGGAGGUAUAAUGCUUUGUCAAGCAUAUGGCAAGGUUGAAGUAGGGAUCCCAUCUACAGCUUUGUUGAAUGUUCAAAGCAAGCAAGUCGCUGUUGGCCGCUGGAUGCCAAUUCAUCCUUCUCUAUCUCAGGGAAAUUUGUUUUCGUUUUAUGAGCUCUGUAAAGAUUUCGUGUGGAAGAUAGAAGAUGAAGAGGUUUUGAGUUUUCAAGUGGAAAACAACUUACACGUUAAGGAGCAUAAACAAAUUAGAUCUUCUGGUUACUUAGAUGAGAACGAUCUUAAUUUUAUUCAAAUGCUCUAUGGAAGAUCUGCUGGCAAGACAAAUGUUACUGUUACAUUCUCCUGUAAUUUUAUAUCUUCUAAU